GCAGCUUUUUUCUGGAAACAACAGGAAAAUGAGGCUGAGAAAAUGGAAGCUUCUCUAUGAGGUUCACUCAGGUUAAGGUGAUGCUUUUAGUCUGAACUGAAAAUGUUUCAUUUAUUAAUUAGAGAAUACGGAAAUAUUCCCAGUGGAAGAAGAGUUUAUCACUUUUUAAGGGUGUUUCAACACCUUCUCGGGUAUUUUCAGCUCCAUCGUGUGUGAUUACAACCACUGUGAAUUUUACUGUCGGAGAAACUCUAAGAUUUAACCUUUGGAUGGAUGAAUGGAGAAAAAUGACAAAUGACGAUAUGAACUAUUCUGAGGCGUAGGGUUUAAUCUUAACAUGUUUUUCCUGUUGCCAUCAGUUCUCGAUGACCUACCGCCAGUUGUUUUCUCCGUUACCUGUGAAUAAAAAGCCGACUGUGCAAAGCGCUCGCUGAUGUUAAUUCACUCUGUGAAUAAUUGAUGUCAGUCCCGUCUGAAAGAAGCUUUUAAAACUCAUAAAGUCAGCAGUUUAUGGCCCGAUGUUUGUUUGUUGUUUGGAUUCAUUCAUUUAUUCAUGUUUGUUUACAUGUCUAAACGACGAUGAUAAUGAUGAGCAUCUUUCAAAAUAAAAGCUCUGUUGAAUAAAUGACAAAUAAAUAGAACAUGAUGAAAAGGGAGUUUUCCAGUUUUUUUAGGACGUCUUUUUUUUUCUUACAUCUUGUGAGUUUUAGAGAAUUUGUCAUAAAUAUACCCUCCUUUUCUUUCCCUUUUUUUUUUUUUUUUUUUUUUUUACUGCUUUAGCCGAUACAAAGUUGUAAUGAAGUCUACCCCGUAAUACAAAUAAAAACCCACCUAGAAGUAAAACCAAAACAAAACCAGCUCAUUUACUCGUAUCUGGACUCAAACUAAACUGAAAACCAAAAACAAACUGAAAAUCUCAAUAAAAAAUGGAACAUUAGUCUAAAACAUUUAAGUGAUAUAAGAAACACAAGGAAAAAAAUGAUGAAAAAGAUACAAAAAUAAGAAAUAGGCCCGAUGUUUGUUUGUUUGUUGUUUGGAUUCAUUAAUUUAUUACUGUUUGUUUACAUGUCUAAAUGAUGAUGAUGAUGAAUAUAUGAUGAAGGAAUUUAAUCCGGAUGCAGCAUCUGUUUCUAAAGACUCUCCUGGUUGUUCGUUAUUACUUUAUAUAGUUUCGAUAUUUCUGCUUCCUGUCAUUAUUUCCCUUUCACAUAUAUCUGUAUUUUAUACAUUCAUCACAUUUUAAAACAGCCUCAUUAUUGUAGUUUUAUUGUAUUUUAGGAGAAUAAUUAAGUUAAACACAAAUGGAUGGAAAAGACAAAAUGAUCAUGAUGUAGAUGAUGUAGAAAAGCAAAAGAUGAAAAUGACUUAACUGAAGGCAAUGUGAGGAAUGUAAAAGAUGCACAAAAGGUGAAAAAAACAUGAAAAUGGUUUAAUGUAGAGGACUAAAACAACAAAUGAAGUUCAAACAUGAAAGCUACACAACAGAUGCACAAAGUCCAAAACAAUUUCAAAGACGUGAUGUUGAAACAGCAUGAAAGCUGUAAAACAGAUGAAAACAAUGGAAAAGACACAAGAUGAACAUAACCUAAAAUACACUGUGGACACGUGUUUGUUCUACUGGAGGACACUGUGGACAUGUGUCUGUUCUAGGACACUGUGGACAUGUGUUUGUUCUACUGUAGGACACUGUGGACAUGUCUCUGUUCUACUGGAGGACACUGUGGACAUGUGUUUGUUCUACUGGAGGACACUGUGGACAUGUCUCUGUUCUACUGGAGGACACUGUGGACAUGUGUUUGUUCUACUGGAGGACACUGUGGACAUGUAUCUGUUCUACUGGAGGACACCGUGGAUAUGUGUCUGUUCUACUGGAGGACACUGUGGACAUGGAUCUGUUCUACUGGAGGACACUGUGGAUAUAUGUCUGUUCUACUGGAGGACACUGUGGACAUGGGUCUGUUUUACUGGAGGACACUGUGGACAUGUGUCUGUUCUACUGGAGGACACUGUGGACAUGUGUCUGUCUUUCUACUGGAGGACACUGUGGACAUGUGUCUGUUCUUCUACUGGAGGACACUGUGGACCUGUGUCUCUUCUACUGGAGGACACUGUGGACAUGUGUCUGUUCUACUGGAGGACACUGUGGACAUGUGUCUGUCCUUCUACUGGAGGACACUGUGGACCUGUGUCUCUUCUACUGGAGGACACUGUGGACAUGUGUCUGUUCUACUGGAGGACACUGUGGACAUGUCUCUGUUCUACUGAAGGACACUGUGGACAUGGAUCUGUUCUACUGAAGGACACUGUGGACAUGGAUCUGUUCUACUGGAGGACACUGUGGACAUGGAUCUGUUCUACUGAAGGACACUGUGGACAUGUGUCUGUCCUUCUACUGGAGGACACUGUGGAUAUGUGUCUGUUCUUCUACUGUAGGACACUAUGGACAUGUGUCUGUUCUACUGGAGGACACUGUGGACAUGUGUCUGUUCUACUUGAGGACACUGUGGACAUGUGUCUGUUCUACUUGAGGACACUGUGGACAUGUGUCUGUUCUACUUGAGGACACUGUGGACCACCUCAUCCCGUCUUUAAAUGGACGUUUCUUCUUCUGUGGUGCCUGGUCCAGUAGUCCCCUGUGGACUCUGCUGUCUGUGCGGUGCAGCCCAGGGGUCAAAGGUCACGUCUUGUGGUUUGUCAGAGCUUUUAACCCCGUUGACCCGGUCCUGACCCUGCAGGCGAGGCGGCCGGUCGAUGGGAUGCGGUUGCCACGGCGACUCUUGUAACCCUCCACCUUGUGUCGAGAUGUGAACCCAGAGACACGAACAGUUAUCACAAAUUAUUAAAUAUGUUCUAAUUAAUAACCUGGGCUUUAAUUAUUACAGCAGAAGUUUUAAUUAAACCUAUUCCCAGGGUGAAGCAGGAUGACUGUUGUGUUAUUAAUGACCCAGCUCCGUCUAAUUACUGCUCUAAUGCGUUAAUGGCCGGGUCACUGAUUGGAUUUUUUUUUUACCAUAUUACACUUCAGUUAGCGAUUCCACUGCGUAGUGUAACAUAUUAGGUUACCGUGGUAACCAGGGUGCUGGCAGUCCUCCUCACCGUUCAUUAAUAACGUCACCUCAACGCCUCACAAAUGUGGUCCAGGUUUGAUGGUACAUUUGAAAGUCAGUCUGAGCAUCUUUCAAAAUAAAAGCUCUGUUGAAUAAAUGACAAAUAAAUAGAACGAGAUGAAAGGGAGUUUUCCAGUUUUUU